GACAGGAAAUUAAGUUAGCGCGCUUUUACCAGCUCUCUCCUUCUCCUGUUUUCUGCAGCUGUAAGAGGAGAACACGACUCACACAAAGAGCCCAGCGUGGAUCCAGGCCACGGCUUUAACCUCAGCGCACUCUCCUCCUGUUCCACACCAGAGCGUCCCGCUGACACGCACCCUGAGAUAAUUCAACGUCGACAAUCAAAAUGGAGCUCGAGAAGAUGAACGGACACGCCAAAGAAAAUGGCUUCGACGGCCUGGACGCCAUCAACGCCGAGCGAGAAGAGUUUCUACCUCACAAAGCCGACGGUCUGAAAGAGUCACAGUUUACAGAUUUUGAAGGAAAAACGUCAUUCGGGAUGUCGGUGUUUAACCUCAGUAACGCCAUCAUGGGCAGCGGGAUCCUGGGACUGGCCUUCGCGAUGUCCAACACGGGAAUCGUUCUUUUUGUGAUCUUGCUGAUCUUCAUUGCGGUUCUUUCUGCGUAUUCCAUCCAUCUGCUGCUCAAAAGUGCUGGAGUUGUUGGAAUCCGGGCCUAUGAGCAGCUCGGGAACAGAGCCUUUGGAGCUCCAGGGAAAAUGCUGGCGGCCGUCAUUAUCACAGUUCAUAACAUUGGAGCCAUGUCCAGUUAUUUAUUUAUUGUAAAGUCCGAGCUCCCGUUGGUGAUCCUGGCGUUCCUCGGUCAGACGACGAACACGGGAGAGUGGUUCCUGAAUGGAAACUACUUGAUCAUCAUUGUUAGCAUUGGCAUCAUCCUCCCAUUAGCUCUCAUGAAACAGCUCGGUUAUCUGGGAUACACCAGCGGCUUCUCUCUGUCCUGUAUGGUUUUCUUCCUGAUUUCCGUUAUUUACAAGAAGUUCAACAUCCCGUGUCCUCUGGAGGAUUUCCACAACAGCAGCCAAACUCACACUGUGGAUCCAGACGAGUUCUGUGAAGCAAAGAUGUUUACCAUCAAAUCUGAGACGGCGUACACCAUCCCCAUCCUGGCGUUUGCUUUUGUCUGUCACCCUGAGGUUCUCCCGAUUUACACCGAGCUCCGAAAUGCAAACCGUGGUCGUAUGCAGAAGGUGGCAAACAUCUCCAUCCUGGCCAUGUUCGUCAUGUACCUGCUCACCGCCAUCUUUGGAUACCUCACUUUUUACGGGGCCGUGGAGUCGGAGCUGCUCCACACGUACAUCCGCGUGAACCCUCUGGACGUGCUGAUCCUGUGUGUGCGUCUGGCCGUGCUCGCCGCCGUCACGCUCACCGUCCCCGUCGUCCUGUUCCCGAUCAGGAGGGCGGUGCAGCAGAUCCUGUUCCCAGACAAACCGUUCCAUUGGGCCAGACACAUUUUAAUCGCGUGUUCCCUCAUCUUCCUGGUCAAUCUGCUCGUCAUCUUCGUGCCCUCCAUUCGCGACAUCUUCGGCAUUAUCGGUGCGACCUCUGCCCCCAGCCUCAUCUUCAUCCUGCCGGGAAUAUUUUACAUCCGGAUUGUUCCUGAAGAGACGGAGCCUUUGCUUUCAAGAAACAAGAUCCAGGCGGCGUGCUUCGCUGGCCUUGGCUUCAUCUUCAUGAUCAUGAGCUUGUCGUUCAUCAUCAUAGACUGGGUGACGGGGGAAUCCCGGAGCGGAGGCGGGCACUGACCAACGAAAUCAGAAACAAACUGCCAAAACUCUCCCUGUUUGUCAAAGACCCUCGACCUGCCCACGACCUUCCCACGAACCCGAAGGAACCUGCGCUCAGACCAAAGAAAAUCGCUAUAAUGUGAACGAGAGGGCAGAACGUCUCACAGCAGAGGAGACGAUGGGAGAUAACACAAGUCGGACUGAAAGAGGGGCCUCUCGGGAGCAUUCUGAGGGAGCAAAACCAUGACUCAAAACGGAAAAUCUGUUUUAUUUUGGGGGUUUUGGCGUAAAUCUGGAACAGCUCAGUCAGAGAAGGAGCUGCUAUCUGAGCUACGUCUCGUCUUUACUGAAAGCCAAACGUAUUUUGUGCUUUUCAAACCUGUUUUAUUUUGCUAAAACUGACCACGCUCAUCGUUCAUUCAUCUUCUAUUGCUGUAUGUCAGUGAUAAAAGACUACGGUGGCUCCCCUAAACCAAAAAAGCAUCAGAUUAGGCAUUUUGCUUCAUUAUCAACACCAUAAAAACUGAUUACCGGUACUAAAGGUGCACUGUGGAACUUUUUAAAUGGGUUUAUCCAUCACCUAUCAAUGUUCCACAUCUGAUUAUCACAUUUGUUUACUGUUAUCGCUAAAAUCUGACUUGAAAAACACAGUUACUUUGCGCAGCUUGUCUCCAUGGAAAUAGAGAAGUUUUAAUGCCAUUCUGUGGAACAUUUCAGGCGAAGCGAUACGGUCUCCAUGGGGACGAGCAGGUGGCGGACCUCGCUACGCACCACCAACUCCAAAGUUUGUAUAGAUAAAAUGAUUCCGUCGAGGGUUUACGCUGCGCCGCCGGAAACGCUUGAAAUGUAAUUUAAUAAUAUAUGAAAAAUGAAGUUAUUUAAAACGUGGACUCUAUAUUUGAGAGAAUUAUUUAUAACUCUUAGUACUGGAUGAUGUCGUUAAGGGUUCAUUCCUGUAAUUCCUCCCUGCUCUUCGAAGCUAAAGCAGUUACCAAAGAACCAAUCAGGAGCGAGACUGUUGAAGGUAACGCCCCUUCCCGCCCUUAGCGACGCUGUCAAUCAAACCUGUUGCUAACGCUAACGGGAGUGACGUCGGGGAAAGAAGGACCUGAUUUGUCUGUUAUUAAUGUUCAUAUCUUGAUUUACAGACACAAUAGUGAAAUAAAAACCCCAGGAUCAUGUAGAGGGUUAAUACGAACAUUUAAGACCAGAAUGACGAGUCGAAGGAGAAGAGACAGAGAGAGGACACAGAUUUUACACAGAAAGUGAAUUGGAGCCGGAAACGCGCCCAUGAUCACUUCCUGGUUAUAACACCACGUUGGCUACGUCCAUUUAUAUUCAGUCCUUGUGUAUAACGCAGGUUUGAGACGUCAGUGAGAGUUACAGAAAAUAUAAUAUAUAUUUUUCACAUUUCAAACGACACAUUGAGCUGCAGUGAGGAGGAGGUUCACACACACGUUUUUAUCAAAGCUCUAAACCAACCAAAACCGUCCAGUGUUUAUCAUGUGACCCCCGAGCCGUGAGCAGCGACGUCGUGACUUUAAGUUAAAAUAAUUCCGUCUGUUUUGGAUCUGAGAUGUUGUUGCUCUUCCUGUACAUUUUAAAUUAAUAUUUGUCAAUAAAAGUCUGUGUUUU